CGCAUUAAAAAAAAGAAAUCAAACUUGAUAAUACAUUCUGUAAAUAAUAAAAUAAAUAAUAAAUAAAAAGGAAUAAAUAUAAUUGAAUAAAGAAAAAAAGAAGCUCCCUCUCCAGCCAACGUCCUUCAUUUGCUUCGUCAGCAACUCCAAUUAAACCCCCCAAUCCCCAAAAGAGGAAAAAAGAAAAAUCCCCAAAUCCGUAGCAAAAGAACCCUAAUCUUGAAAUUCCAUCUCCCCCGUUCCUCCCAAAUUGUUUCCAUUAAUUCACCUCCAUUCCCUCAAUGGUCCAUUCCUUUUGACAAUUCAAUCUCUUAACUCUCUCGAAUUCCACCCCCAGAGGAUGGCAGACCCCCAACGAUUCCCUCCGCCGCAGUCCGGCAACAACAAGAAUUCGCUGUUGUCUCCGACGAGCUCCCGUUCCGUUACGGAGACCGUGAAUGGGUCUCACAAGUUCGUAAUCCAGGGUUAUUCUUUGGCGAAAGGCAUGGGAAUCGGAAAACACAUAGCCAGCGAUAACUUCACCGUGGGAGGGUAUCAAUGGGCGAUUUAUUUUUACCCCGACGGCAAGAAUCCCGAGGAUAAUUCUACCUAUGUGUCUGUGUUUAUUGCGUUGGCGAGUGAAGGCACCGAUGUGCGUGCUCUGUUUGAGCUGACGCUGAUGGAUCAAAGCGGGAAAGGGAAGCACAAGGUUCAUAGUCAUUUUGAUCGUUCCCUUGACAGCGGACCUUACACUUUGAAAUACCGCGGCAGCAUGUGGGGAUACAAACGUUUUUUCCGUCGUGCUAUGCUGGAAACUUCGGAUUAUCUUAAGGAUGACUGCUUGAAAAUUAAUUGCACCGUGGGAGUGGUGGUAUCUGCGAUAGACUGUUCGAGGUUACAUUCAAUCCAGGUCCCAGAUUCUGAUAUUGGAGCACAAUUUGGUGCAUUGUUAGAAAAUAUGGAUGGGUCUGAUGUUAUUUUCAAUGUCUGCGGUGAAACAUUUCAUUCCCACAAAUUAGUAUUGGCUGCUCGUUCUCCCGUGUUCCGGUCUGAAUUUUUUGAGAGUUCAGAAGGAAGCAAUCAGGAAAUUGUCAUCUCUGACAUGGAACCUUCGGUCUUUAAGGCUAUGCUGCAUUUCAUCUAUAGAGAUUCGCUCGUUGAAGAUGAACUAGUAGCUUCCAGCUCCACUUCUGAUCCUUCUGAAUUUGACUCAUUGACGGCCAAGUUGCUGGCUGCAGCUGAUCGAUAUAAUUUGACAAGGUUAAAAACGGUGUGUGAAUCACACCUUUGCAAGGAGAUUUCUGUAAACUCUGUUGCUCAAAUUCUUGCUUUGGCUGAGAAAUAUCACGCAACAGAAUUAAAAGCUGUUUGUCUUAGAUUUGCUGCUGAAAAUCUUGCUGCUGUAAUGAGGUCAGAUGGCUUUGAAUACCUUAAAGAGAACUGCCCUUCUCUACAGUCGGAAAUUUUGAAGACAGUAGCUGGUUGUGAGGAGGAUUGUAGCAGCGGAGGGGGGAAGUCCCGGAGUGUCUGGGCACAGCUUUCGGAUGGGGGUGAUACCAAUGGGAGGAGGGUAAGGCAGCGAACAUAAACUUUUGUUGUAGGGAACUGAUGUUGUUUGUACUUGAUGGUGUAAGCCUUGUAACUUGUAAGUUGAUUGUUUUGUUGAGAGAAAGCAAACGAAAUUCCCAUAGUUCUGUAAUUGUUGUUCGUGUAUUACAGUUGUGGCUGUAAACUGAAUGCCUUUGCUCUCGGAAAAGGAGGGAGUAUGAAGUUAAAAAGAUGUGUUCUAUAUGCUCAAGUUAUGGUGCUCUGUCAUCUUUGCAUCCUGUGGAAUUUACAUAAAGGGCUGUUUGCAUUGUUCAUAUAUCUGUAAUUGGCGUCCCUGAUGGAAAUUAAUGUCUCUCUGAAGAACCAUAUUUCUUUCCUUGCCUUGAGUUUUUUUCCCCCUUUUCAUAGAGGUGGUGUUCAUGUAUAUUUGCAUGCUUUUUGUGCUUCUUGAUUGAUGUCAAACGUGUAAAUGUCCAGCAAAUGGUUCCAACUUUACAUUCGCAUUUAUUACACGGUUUACACCGCUUCUGGCUUGAAUGUCGACAUUCCAGGCUAGUAAUAACAGAUUUUCGCUUUUGAAGAGGCUUAUGCUCGGUUUGGUUAGAUUGAAUUGCAAUUGAAUUGGAAUUACAAUAAUAUUGAAUUGAAAAUGAUAUAUUAAUAUUGUAAUUCAAUUUCAAUUCCUUUGUUUGGAG